GUCGGUGCGUUCUACAAUUACGUCAUGACGCCCUUACGUCCUCCUUUCCUCUGCUACCGGCGAGAAUGAAGACCAUUCUCAGCAGUCAGACUGUCGACCUCCCUGACAAUGUGGAAGUCAGGCUAAAGGGGCGAACCGUGAUUGUCAAAGGGCCCCGUGGUAAACUCACCAGGGAGUUCAACCACAUCAACCUGGAGCUCAGCCUGCUGGGCACCAAACAGAAGAAGCUUCGAGUGGAGAAAUGGUGGGGCAACAGGAAGGAGCUGGCCACAGUGCGCACCAUCUGCAGCCACGUCCAGAACAUGAUCAAGGGUGUCACCCUGGGGUUCCGGUAUAAGAUGCGCUCCGUCUACGCCCAUUUCCCCAUCAACGUGGUCAUCCAGGAGACGGGCACUCUGGUGGAGAUCAGGAACUUCCUGGGAGAGAAGUACAUCCGCCGCGUCAGGAUGAGGAACGGUGUGAUGUGUUCAGUGUCAGCAGCCCAGAAGGACGAGCUGGUCCUGGAGGGUAACGACAUCGAACUGGUCUCCAACUCAGCCGCUCUGAUCCAGCAAGCCACCACAGUCAAAAACAAGGAUAUCAGAAAGUUCUUGGACGGCAUUUACGUGUCUGAGAAGGGAACAGUAGUGGAACCAGAGCAGUAGAAAUGUCCUCUACUGAAGUGGAGCGGCGUUGAUCCAGCAGGCCACCACGGUCCGAAAGAAGGACAUCAGGAAGUUCCUGGAUGGUAUUUAUGUCAGUGAGAAGACCACCGUGGUGGAGCAAGAUGUCGAAUAACUUUCCCUGCAAUGACCAAUAAAGCAAAUAUCUU